AUGAGUGUCGGGGAAUCAUGCUAUCAUCCUAUAAAACAACCCUCUCGCAGACCGAGUGUUACAUUUACAAAUCCAAGAGAGCAUAAUAAUGUGAGUGCGGUAACCACAAGGAGUGUUGAUUUGGAGAUAAAAGAAAAUGAGGUUGUUAGUGAAGAGGUGACGAUACCUGAACCUGUGGUUAAAGAAAAAGUUAGUGAAUCAAAGCCGGUUGUCAAACUCCCUUUCCCAACAAGAAAUAAGAAGAAAGAGAAACAUGAGAAGAACUUUGAGAAAUUCUUGGAGAUGUUUAAAAAGCUAGAAAUUAACAUUCCGUUCUUGGAGGCACUUGAGCAAAUGCCCUCUUAUGCUAAAUUCAUGAAAGAUAUCAUUUCAAAAAGGAGGAGCACCGACAUUGACUCUAUUGUACUAACCGAAACUUGCAGUGCUAUUUUGCAGGGUAUGAAGAUUCCGGUAAAGAAAAAAGAUCGAGGCUCAGUAACUAUCCCUUGCACUAUCGAGGAUAGAUAUUUCAACAAGGCCCUUAUAGACUUGGGGGCAAGUGUGAGCCUCAUGCCUUUAUCCAUCUACAAGAGGUUAGGGAUUGGAAAAGUGCAGGAUACCCGAAUGACACUUCAAUUUGAUGACUACUCUGUGAAGAGACCUUAUGGAGUGGUGGAAAAUGUUCUUGUGAAGAUUGAUAAGUUUGUGUUUCCGGUAGACUUUGUGAUCUUAGAAAUGCCGGAAGAUGAAGAGAUACCGCUCAUUCUUGGUAGACCAUUUUUGGAGACCGGGAGGUGUUUGAUAGAUAUAGAAGAAGGCACCAUGACUCUAAAAGUUUAUGAUGAAGAGUUAAAGAUUGAUGUGCGCAACACCAUGAAAUACAAAGAUGAUGUGGCCACCACUCAACACAUAGAGGUUAUUGAUCAAAUGGUUCUGAAAGAAAAUCCCCUAGGUGAACAAAAAUUACCCUUGGAGAGAGUUCUAAGUCUCUCAAUCUUUGAAGACACUCGAGAAGUUGAUGACGAGGAGAUGGAAGUGUUAACUAUGAUGGAAACACAACAGCCCUUUAAGGGAUCCUGA